AUGCUCGACACAGGUCGCAUGCUGGCGCUGGAGCCGGCCAAGAAGAAGUACAACAAGCGCACGUACAACCGCGAGCGCCAGCGCAUGCUGCAGCUGGAGCGCAUCAAGGAGCUCUCGUCGCUUAAGCAGCAGAUCGCGGACCUCGAGAAGACGAUGGCUGGUCUCUCGGGCAAACUCCCGGCGCUGGCACGCGUCGCAUCCACCGCCACGGGCCCGCUCUCGUGGCGCGACAUAGCUGGUGCGCUCAACGAAGCGACGCUCGACUCCAGCGCACUCCACGCAUCGCUCCGGCGCAAGGUCGCUCGCCAAGAUGAGCUCGUGCGCCACAUGUCCAAGUGGGUGACCUCCAUGCUUCGUGUCGAGAAACCACUGGACUUUGCCGACGCGUUCUGGAAGAACAUUUCGCUCACGGCGGACCCGGACGCGCGCAAGCUCGGCUGCGAGUGGAUCGCCGACCACUUGUUUCACAACACGGACAAGACGUUCCAGCAGUGCGGGUUUCCCGACCCGAGCUGCCUCGCCGAGCUCCACCACUUCAACUUGGUCGUCGACGAGCACGAGCGCUGUCAAUAUGGCUGGAACAAGCAGCGACUGCUGCCCGUCUCGUUUGAGAACGCCAGCCGCGCCUUCCAGAAAAUCCACGUCGACAACUCGAUGGGUCUUGGCCAGCGCGACUUUCUCGACAGCGACUUGCUCCAGACAGACGCCAAGCGGAUCGACUACAGCCGUCACUCGUUCGUGCUACCGGACCGCAACGGACCGCGUGUCGACUGGGAAAACUGGCUCUGCGGCGAGUACCUCGCGCAAGACCGGUAUGUGUUUGUCAUGCGCAGCAUCCACACCGACCCUAAGUACCCGAUCGGCACGGUCCAGCGAAAUCGCAUGACGUGGGUCGUUGUCGACCGGAUUGGCCCCAUGACGACGCGGACGCGGGAAGGCGCGGUCGUGGGGUGCAAGCUCCAGAAUGUCCCCGACCACCUCAAGUACCAGACGUUCAAGCAGCACAUGCAGCGCGGUGGCGAGAUCCACGCCGAAAAGUUCACCAAGCAGCUCAUGGCGGCUAUCGAGAGCACGCGUGCGCAGUCGUCGCCGCCCUAA